AUGCCAACGGACGAAAAACCGAUCGAAACAAAGCUUAGGGCAACAUUUGGCGCCACGGUCACGCCAGACGAAUUUGAGAAAUUUGAAGCUGCAUGGACGGUAGCCAAGCGUGCAAAUACAAAUACGAGUGCAACCAACAAGCCUGUUCGGUGGUCGUCUCCAGAAGGACGAGCGAACAUGUUAUUGGCCCAAUUGACGGACAGUGUUCUAGUUUGGGCAAUUCGUCAACCGAACGAAGUCCAAUCCAAUGAUACUGAGCUGCUAAAGGCACUACGCGAGAAAUAUGCCAAAAUAAAAUCUCAGGAAGCCUACCAGCAAGACUGGGCGAAUAUAUCUCAACAGCCAGGUGAGAAAUUUGAUGAUUAUUAUAACCGUCUUGAAGUAGCAUACGAUAAUGCAUACCGAGACCCUGAAUUUCGUGACGCAAAGGUGAAAUCUCGAUUGUUAGCUGAGAAAUUUCGUGAUUCUAUACGUGAUAUACGGGCUAGAGAGAGCAUAUUAGAUAAAGGAAUUCUCGAUGACACUGGGAAAUUAAAAGAUUCUGUAGUAAUUAUUGGUAUUGCAAAAAGGGCAACAGAAGUGGGGGAUCUCCUCAAGUCAGGGGCUACUGUAGCCCAACUAUCCCCCCCUAAUCAGACGGAACUUGAGUCCAUGAUUAGCAAAGCGGUUGUUGCAGCCCUACAGCAAAAGAGACCGUCUCCACCCUACCAAGGUCAUAGUGGAAAUACUCCGAGCAAGUUUUGGCAUUGUCAUUAUUGCAAUACCACCAACCAUCCCGGGGGUGGAAGGCCUGCCCAGAUAGGCGUAAAUAUAAUCCCUCCUGGACUCCAAGACGGCAAAAACCUAGGGCGGGCGGAGUUCAACAAGCAGAUGGGGAACAACCUGCCGACCAGGAUUUUCGCCCAAACCCGUAGCCGAGGGUGGCGGUUGCGGGACAAGUCCCAUACCACCAGUACCCAAUAAAGAGUCAAAGGAAAAACCCUGUCAGCAGACCGAUGAUGGGCUGGGUACUGUAGAGGAGUUGAAAGCGAUGCAACGGGGGAGACAGACAAAAUUAAGUAGAGGGGACUCUGAAAUGGAUGGGCCUUAUGAAAGGAGAAAUGAAACGAUUAAACAUUUACGGGGGGUGUUAAAACGCAGCCCUUUUGUACGUGCCCGUUGGGGUAUUGGCAGCAAGGAGGUCAGUUUAUUACUGGACACUGGGGCUGAAGUCAGUUUAGUGGACGAAAGUGUCUUAACAAAUGAUGAGCGUAAGACAAUGAAAGAACCAGACACAAAACCGCCCCAGGGGGUGAGCGGUGAAGUCAUUAACAUUGUGGGUACCCUUACAAAAACAGUGAGAGUGGGUGGUCAAGUAGUAAGAAAUCAUAAGUUCUUUGUGGUCAAGAACUGUAUUGUUAAAUAUCUAGCAGGGAUUGACUUUAUAUUUCGCUUGGGGAGAGCGACCUGCGACCCCAAAAGGGGACAAUUAUACAUACAUGAGACGGGGCAGAGUACGAAACUUGAGACCAUGUACCGUCCUGAAAGUGGAAUAAAUCGGGGCGCAGCUUGUGAUGUACUAGUCAAGGAAGACGUUAUUGUGGAGCCUGGUAAAGAAUGUUUAGUUAAAUGUGUGGCAGACAAAGCAUUUAGAGGUCUGGACUACAUGGCAGCACCAAACACCUCCCCAGGGGAUGAACUUAUUCGCCCUGCAUGUUGUAUUGUUAGGGUAGAUAUGAAUAGAGAACUAUGGCUCCGAGUCAUCAAUGUUAACAAAGUUAGUGAAACCCUUCGAAAGGGGGAAAAGAUUGCCCUAUUAGACCCAGAGUUUGAAACCACUUUUCCAGGUCAACACAUGAAAACUAAACCAACUGACCGAGUUACUGGGUAUAAAGGAGAUGAAAGACUCGAUUCUAGGAAACAGAAAGAGGUUGACAAACUUCUGACAGAAUUUUCUGACGUGUUUUGGAAACCUGGUGACCGUCUCCCAUCUGUCCAGGGUUUGGGGAAGCAUUGUAUUAGACUCAAACCAGAUGCGAGACCAGUUGGUAUGAGACCGAGACGGUUAUCCCCAAAGGAACGGAAGAAGAGAACAAAAACGGCAAUGAAACGGCCAUUCGAGAUUGGGGAAGGAGUUCGAACUCGUCUCACAGCUACAGAACGGAACAAACUAGGCGGUAAGAAGCUGGCAGAUUUGAAGAGUAAACGAUUUAUAGUAUUAGAGCGCCACGGCAACACUUACAAGCUGCAAGAGGAAAAUAACCCGUCCGGACGUGUGAAACAAAGGCAUUUUAACGAGCUGGAGCCAGCCCCACCACAA